AUGCUUUCUACUAGAGGAACCGCUUGGUCUAAAGUAGGCUUCCUCCACGGAAAGCAGAAUGCCUAUCAUCCUAUACGAAAUCCCAAUGGCGUCGUCGCAUUCAAUAAUGCCGAAAAUGGCUUCCUUCAUGCUGAUCUAGCGAACUUUUUCAACAAACACAAUCAUUUCGAAGACAAUUGCUGCGCAUACGGAGAGGGUUACACUGGCACGCUCCGGCUACGAACCGCCAUGUCGAAUCACUUGAACUUGCACUUUCAGCCUGUGUGGCCAAUAGAUCCAGAGGACAUCACCUUCACUGCCGGAGUGACUGAUCUCAACGAGGUGUGCGCCUUGGUCACCUGCAAUCCGGAGACGGAUGCCAUCAUGCUGGGAGGACCAGUCUAUGGGACCUUUUCCAAAGACUUGGCAAUGAGAACUGGAAUAAAGCUAGAGUGGGUGCCAGUGGGCACAGAUCAAUUCACACCAGACUGCGUAGCCGCGUUCGAUGCUGGGUUCGAAGAUGCCAAAGCCCGAGGGGUAAACGUUCGUGCGUUGAUCAUAUGCAAUCCGCAUAAUCCUCUAGAAACAUUAAGGGCGUUGCUACAGUUUUGCGCCGCCAAAGGAAUCCAUCUCAUCAGCGAUGAGAUUUACGCGCUCACGACUUAUCCUCGAGACGAUCAGCCAUCCGAGAAAUUUACUUCUAUACGCGCCAUAGACUACUCUGAUAUCAUUGAUCCGACCCAGGUCCAUGUGCUCUAUGGCAUGUCAAAAGAUUAUGGAGCAGCUGGUCUGCGCUUGGGCUGCCUUGUAUCACAGAAUCGUGAAUUCUGUAAUGCCGUUAGAGCCAUAUGCCGCUUCUCCUCUCCUUCUCAGUUCUCCAUGGACCUCGCCGCCAAGUUCCUCGAGGACCAAACUUUCGUCAAACAGCUAUUGGACAAAUCUCAUCGCGUGUUAUCCAGAAUUCGAUUGUUGACUGAGAAGCUGCUUGAUGAAGCUGGACUCAAGUAUGAAAAAAAGGGAAAUGCUGGGCUUUUUAUGUGGAUAGACUUGUCCCCUCAACUCCCUCUCCGCGAAACAAACGGAGACGGCUGGGCUGCAGAAAAGCUACUGUCGGAACGAUUCCUCAGAGCAGGUGUCAAAGUAGAUCCAGGAGCAGAGUAUCAAUCUCCAGAGCCCGGGAGAUUUCGUCUCAUGUUUUGCGUCGAAGAAGACACAUUGAGAGAAGGCGUCAGAAGGAUUGUCGCGGCCCUAAAGGCUGAAUAA